GAAAUUGUUAAAAAUUGAAAUAUCCAUUUGUCUGUUAAGAAAAGUUUUUUUUUGGUAAAAAAUAGGCAAAAAAUAUGAAAAAUACAAAAAUAAGUGAUCGUUUUUUACAUCAUUCAUUAGACGAUGGAAAAGUUAUUAAAAAGAAAAAGAAAGUAUGCGGAAUUCCUAGGCUUCGUUCAAGUUUAAAGCCUGGAGUUAUUUGUAUAAUUCUUGCAGGUCGGUAUAGUGGAAAACGGGUAGUACUUUUAAAGCAACUGGAGGAUACUAUUGUUGUUACAGGCCCUUUUAGAAUCAAUGGUGUUCCUCUUCGUAGAGUAAAUCCAUCAUAUGUAAUUGCAUGUUCUGGAAUAACAGUUGAUGUUUCUUCAUUGGAUCUCUCGAAGUAUACAAAGGAAUAUUUUUCUCGAGAUUCUAAAUCAAAAAAACGUCUUAAAAAAGCAGUUACAGAAGAAAAUUUUUUUGACCAAAAAAGAAAAAAGCAGCUUGAUAGUUCACGCAUUUUGGAUCAGAAAGCCGUUGAUGAACCUAUUAUUAACUCGAUUUCUAAGGUUCCGUAUUUGACAAAAUAUCUUUCAUCAUCUUUUUCUCUCAAUAAAGGUGAUUUACCUCAUUUGAUGAAAUUUUGAGUAGAGG